AAGAUAUAAAAGCUCUGGAAACUGUGACAGGGACCACUGGAGACGCUGAAGAAGGCAGGGGCCCUCAGAGUCUUGGCUGCCAAACAGAUUUGCAGAUCAAGGAGAACCCAGGAGUUUUAAAGAAGCGCUAGUAAGGUCUCUGAGAUCCUUGCAGUAGCUACAUCCUCAAGGGAGGAGGAAGAUGGCUUCCAGAAGCAUGCGGUUGCUCCUAUUGCUGAGCUGCCUGGCCAAAAUAGGAGUCUCGGGUGAUAUCAUCGUGAGACCCAGCUGUGCUCCUGGAUGGUUUUACCACAAGUCCAAUUGCUAUGGUUACUGCAGGAAGCUGAGGAACUGGUCUGAUGCCGAGCUCGAAAAGGGAGCCCACCUGGCAUCUAUCCUGAAUGUAAAGGAAGCCAGCACCAUAGCAGAGUACAUAAGUGGCUAUCAGAGAAGCCAGCCUGUGUGGAUUGGCCUGCACGACCCACAGAAGAGGCAGCAGUGGCAGUGGAUUGAUGGGGCCAUGUAUCUGUACAGAUCCUGGUCCGGCAAGUCCAUGGGUGGGAACAAGCACUGUGCUGAGAUGAGCUCCAAUAACAGUAAACUUUUUAACUUGGAGCAGCAACGAAUGCAACAAGCGCCAACACUUCCUGUGCAAGUACCAACCGUAGAGCAAGAAUCAAGAUUCUGUUAACUCCUGCACAGCCCCGUGCUCUUCCUUUCUGUUUUCUGCUAGCCUGGCUAAAUCUGCUCAUUAUUUCGGAGGGGAAACCUAGCAAACUAAGAGCGAUAAGGCCCCUACUGCACUGGCUUUUUUAGGCUCAGUGACAGAAACUUUAGCAAUGGCACAGUAGUGGCUUCUAGCUCUAAAUGUUUGCCCCACCAUCCCUUUCCACAGUAUCCUUCUUCCCUCCUCCCCUCUCUCUGGCUGUCUUGAGCAGUCUAGAAGAGUGCAUCUCCAGCCAAUUGAAACAGCUGGGUCUUUGACCAUAAGAAGUAAAGAUUUGAAGACAGAAGAAGAAACUCAAGAGUAAGCUUCUAGCUGCCUUCAGCUUCUACACCCCUCUGCCCUCCCUCCAUUGCCUAUACCCCACCCCAGCCACUCAACUCCUGCUUUUUUUUUUUCCUUUGGCCAUGGGAAGGUUUACCAGUAGAAUCCUUGCUAGGCUGAUGUGGGCCAUACAUUCCUUUAAUAAACCAUUGUGUAUAUAAGA